AUGGAAGCUCCCGCCGAUGGCGGCGAGAAGGGGCCCGCCUCCCCGAUCGUGGUCGCUGCCGGCGAGGAGACCGAGUCGACCAAUUUGACCUCCAUCGAAGCCGCGCAAAAGGUCUGGGGAAAGACAGGCAGGCGCCUCGUCCUAGACAAUUCGACCGUGUACACGUAUGGCAACUACGCCACGUCGGACUUUGACUCGCUCUCGCUGCUCGGCACGCUGAGCACGGCUAACACCAUCAUUUUCGCCGUCUGCAAGCCGCCGCUCGCCAAGCUCUCCGAUGCCAUCGGCAGAGGCCAGGUCCUGACCCUCUGCGUCGCCUGCUACCUACUGUCCUACAUCCUCAAGACCACCGCCACGUCGAUCGGAGCCUACGCGGCUGGCGGUAUAUUCUAUGCCAUUGGACAGUCCGGCACCAACGUGAUGACUAAUGUUCUCAUCUCCGACAUCACGACUUUCCGCCACAGGGGUUUUGCCAUUGGUAUCUCGUACUUCCCCUUCCUCAUCUCGCCCUGGGUCGCCGCCCUCAUUGUCGACAGUGUGGUCAAGGAGGGUGGCAUCGGUUGGCGCUGGGGUAUCGGCAUGCUGGGCUUCCUUAUGCCCUUUGGCGCAUCUUUCAUCAUCAUCACGCUCUUCUACUACGAGCGCAAAGCCAAGAAGGCCGGAAUUCUCAAGCCCAAGAAGCGCACCCUGGCCCAGUUUUGCGGCGAGGUUGAUCUCGGCGGCAUGCUCUUCUUCGUCGCGGGCUUCGCCUGCCUCCUGCUGCCCCUGACCCUGGCCGGCUCUCAGCCAGCAGCAUGGUCGACUCCCUGGAUCAUUGCCCUGAUGAUUGUCGGCGUAGUUAUCCUCGUGGCAUUGCCCUUCUACGAGAAGCAUUAUGCCACGAACCCCAUCGUGCCCGUUUCCUAUCUGAAGAACAGCACUGUCGUACUUUGCUGCCUGCUCAUGGCUAUUGACUCGGUCGGUUUCAGCGCCACGCACACGUACCUUUACGCAUGGGGCAUCGUCGUCCAUGGCAUGCAGCCCUUAGUUGCCAAUUUCUACGUCUACACCAACGGCGUGACCCAGACGUUCUCGGGCAUCAUCGCGGGCGCCAUCAUGUGGUACACCGGCCGCUACAAGUGGCUGGUCAUGGCCGGUUCGGUCCUGCGGCUGAUCGGCUACGGCAUCAUGGUCAUGUUGCGUGGCCAAUUCAACAGCACCGGCGAACUCUUUGGCCAGCAGCUCAUUCAGGGCUUCGGCAGCGGCAUCAUCGCCACCUGCCUGAUUAUUCCCCCGCAGCUGGUCGUGCCCAAGACCCAGAUGGCACAGGUGCUCGCCCUGGUCUUUUCGUUCAGCUUCCUCGGCAGCAGCGUGGGUAGCUCCAUUGCGGGUGCCAUCUACACCAACACGAUGAAGCCCUCCUUGCGAGCGUGGCUUGGCGACUCGGCCUCUUCGGAACUUGUGGACACUAUCUAUGACUCCAUCACUGGUGAAUUGCCCGCCUGGAACAGUCCUGACCGGAUUGCCAUCAACUAUGCGUACUCGGAUGUGCUUCGCUACAUCACGUAUGCGGCAAUCGGCACCUGCGUGCCCGCGAUUAUCAUGACGGUCUUCUUGCCAAACCUUGAGUUGCCCAAGAGCACCACCGGUAUGUUCAAGAGCAGCGAGGACACCUCAUCCGACGAUGUUGGAACGACCAGCGUGGAGGGCAAGGAGCAGAAGGCGUAGAUGCGGGUGAUAAGAGCAGCCCAAUGAGGAUUUCUCUCCCUGUUGACUGGGAGCCUGAGUCGCAUCUACCACCAGCGUACCGAAGGUCAUACCACGUUGGGCUGACUGCCAGACCACCUGUCGAUUCCAACAACAAGAGCAAGGAGGUUUGGCAGGGUUGAAGAGGUAGCAUUAUGGGAGUGAUUUAAUCUCAUACAAGCAGAGUACCAAAUAAUAUAUUAUGUCGAG